UAGUUCAUGUAGUUCGAGUAGUUUUAUUACGUUGUCCCCGCCCAAAAGCAUGGUCAAUUCAAAAACAGGAGGCUGGCAGGAAAUAUUCUUGGCUGCAGGUACAGCAUGAGGUCCAUUCUAAAUACAGGAUGUGAACAUCGCAAAUUGUGGAGGCGUUCGCCAUAGCGGUUCAGGUAUACAUAUGUAGCCCAGGCAUUUUACAGCUGUUCGCAGAACAUAGCGCUGCGAAAAAGAAAAAGAAAACUACAGUGUAUUAUCUACAAGAAAAACGGAUCUCCACUAUGCAGGAUCUGAUAUAUUUACGUACGCAAACAUUUCAUUUCAGGAAGAAAAUUAUUAUUGCCCUUGUCGUGGUGUGCCUCCUUCUCAUCGGCCUUUUGAUUAUCCUGGCAUUCAUCUUGAGUGGCUCGAGCACUGAGAAAAGUGCAGAAGAGGAUGAUCCAGACGUGGAUUAUUAUUAUGAUCCAUCAUCGGGAGGGGGUGGUGGUUCAGCCCCAUCAAGCGCACAUCCACCUUCUCCUCCCUCCCCGACCGUAACCACUACGACGACGACGACACACAUUCCGCACUACUUCAUCAUGUGCACCAUUGGAGCGACUUUCCGGUAUGAUGACAGGUACAAGUCCGCGAACUGUGAUUACUUCAUCUUCGACGGCAUCCUUCCAACGAAUAGCGGAUUCAUUGGGUCGGAGGAUCAGCAUGCCUGGAAUGCUUUCAAACAUAUGACGUGGACAGGAAAUCCAAAACCGGAGUUUGGCGUUUCUUUUCCGGGAAAAUAUAUCGACGACUUGACCGAUCAAAUUUUUGGGAAAUCCGCCGAAGAUUUGAACGAUCUCUUGGCGAAAGGGUAUCGAUCGUUCGGCGUUCUUAACUGCUUCGGAACUGCGACCCUACUUUCCCGUCCGAACGGAGGUCCGUUCGGAACCCUCUUUGCUAAAAUAUUCAACUCUAUGACAGCAUCGCAAAGGAAGGCUGGCCUUAAAACCUUCUUCGUUGGGCUGCACCUGUCUGCAGGAUCAACUGCUCAGAGUUCUGCACUGAUGCGGUCCGCGGCCAAUAUCAACCAUCUGAACUUGCUCAUUCUUCAGACCCAUAUCACUCCCCUGCCUGCAGUGACUUCGAGCCCCUGCUUCAUCUACCCUACUGCCUCUUGGUCGCAAACUCCCAUCAAGAACAGCUCCUAUUCUUCAGUUCAACGGGCUGCACAGAUGUUCUCUGCUGCAUCCAGCACCGAUCUAUACUUUGGGAUUUCCUUCUCGCUGCGUGCCAACUUCUAUCAGCUUUCGUCGACGGCGACGGCGACGUCGGCAGGGUACACACGACCUUGCCUGUCUAGCAUCUCUGGAGACUUCAAAACCGCAUGCAAUCAAAUAAGAAAUUACUUCGCCCUCCCCGAGAGCACUGACUGUACACAUGGAGCAUUCGAUACUACGAGGAAAUACUCCCACACGUAUACUGCGCAGCCGUGCAUGAACACACUAUACAAUAAGACCAGUCAAGAAGUGCAAUACAGUCCGAGGCUUGGCGUUCUGCUAGUUGACGUCAAUAUGGACAACGUUGAAUGUCAACACUGGUCAGGGUGGCAGAGACUACAGAGAGUUAAAAUAAUGAGCGACCUCCUCCUCGUUUUGCGUAGAGCGAACCCCUGAGAGAUUGCGCUGGAGCUGUCAACAGCGAGGUUUAAAUGGCUCACUUGAUCAAUAAAAGAUGGUUGCUGUA